CCUCCUCCUCCACCCCCCCUCCGAGCCGUCCUUCACUUUUCCCCGCGCUCCAUCAGGACCGGGAGCCCUCCGCCUGGAUGAUGAUGAUGAUGAUGCUGCGUCUCGCGCGCAGUCUGGAAAUUUCCCUCCUUCUCCGGUAAAAAGGAUAUUUCACCUCCGCCGCGUCGAGGGAGAGAAACGGAACACGGGGCUUGGAAGGAGGACGUUUACCUUCCCGUACCUCCUAUACCGCCUUCAGCCAGCCUCCUUCAUCUCUGUUCUCCUCAUCCUCCUCUUUCUCUCCUCUUCCUCCUCUUCUUCUUCCUCCUCUUCUUUUUCCUCCUCUAUCCGGACCAGUACUCAAUUCUUCCGCUCGCUUCGGGAUUUAAAGCCUCCGUUCCUCCUCCUCUUCUCUUCUUCUACCGGGCUUCCUGGGCUUUUCUAGGCUUUGGGCUUUUAUAUAUAGAAGAGAAACCCACCCCGCGGGAAGACAUGAAAGUUUCCCCGGCGCUCGUGCUCCUGCUGGCCGUGUGGAGCGCGCGGUGGCAGCGCGCCUUGCCCGAUUCCAUCAUCCACAUCGGGGCCAUAUUCGAUGAGACUGCCAAAAAGGACGACGAGGUGUUCCGCAUGGCGGUGGCGGACCUCAACCUCAACAACGAAAUCUUGGAGACGGAGAAGAUCACCAUCUCAGUGGAGUUUGUGGAUGGAAACAACCCUUUCCAGGCUGUGCAAGAAGCUUGUGAGCUGAUGAACAGAGGUAUCCUGGCCCUGGUGAGCUCCAUUGGCUGCAUGUCUGCGGGUUCGCUGCAGUCUCUGGCUGACGCCAUGCACAUCCCCCAUCUGUUUAUCCAGCGGGCACCGGCGGGUACCCCGCGCUCCAGCUGCCCCCCUACCACCCCGGGCCAGCCUGACGACUACACGCUGUUCGUGCGGCCACCUGUCUACCUUAACGAUGUCAUUUUCCACGUGGUCAUGGAGUACACAUGGCAGAAGUUCAUUAUCUUCUACGACCAGGACUACGAUAUCCGGGGGAUUCAGGACUUCCUGGACAAGUCCUCACAGCAGGGCAUGGACGUGUCCCUGCAGAAGGUGGAGUCCAACAUUAACAUGAUGAUCACCGGGAUGUUCCGCACCAUGAGGGUGGAGGAGCUGCACCGCUACAGGGACACCCUGCGCAGAGCUGUUCUCUUCAUGAGCCCCGCCAGCGCCAAGGCCUUCAUUACAGAGGUGGUGGAAACUAACCUGGUAGCGUUUGAUUGCCACUGGAUCAUCAUAAAUGAGGAGAUAUCCGACAUGGACGUGCAGGAGUUGGUGAUGAAGUCUAUCGGGCGUCUGACUCUAAUCAGACAGACCUUCCCCAUGCCUCAGAACACCAGCCAGCGCUGCGUCCGCCACAACCACCGCAUCAACAACUCCCUCUGUGACCCCAAAGACCCCAAAGCCCACACCCUGGAGAUCACCAACCGCUACAUUUAUGACACAGUGCUGCUGCUGGCCAACACCUUCCACAGGAAGCUGGAGGACCGCAAAUGGCACAGCAUGGCCAGCCUGUCCUGCAUCCGCAAAGGCUCCAAGCCCUGGCAGGGGGGCCGCUCCAUGCUCGAGACCAUCAAAAAGGGAGGUGUGAGUGGUCUGACAAGUUUGCUGGAGUUCAACGAUAACGGCACCAACCCCAACAUCUUCUUCGAGAUCCUGGGCACCAACUACGGGGAGGACCGCGGCCGUGGCGUCAGCAGGCUGGCAACCUGGGACCCAGUCCAUGGGCUAAAUGGCAGCCUGUCAGACCGGAAGCUGGAGAAUAACAUGCGAGGCGUGGUGUUGAGGAUUGUCACUGUUCUGGAGGAGCCAUUCGUCAUGGUGUCAGAGAACGUGCUGGGGAAGCCCAAAAAGUACCAGGGAUUCUCCAUCGAUGUCCUUGACGCUCUGGCUAACUACCUCGGCUUCAAGUACGAGAUCUAUGUGGCUCCUGAUCACAAAUACGGCAGCCAGCAAGCGGACGGGACAUGGAACGGUCUGAUUGGAGAGCUGGUCUUCAAGAGAGCAGACGUUGGGCUCUCAGCGCUGACCAUCACCCCUGAGCGCGAGAGCGUGGUGGACUUCACCACGCGCUACAUGGACUACUCGGUGGGCGUGCUGCUAAAGAAGGCCGAGCGCACCAUGGACAUGUUCGCCUGCCUGGCUCCCUUUGACCUCUCGCUGUGGGCCUGCAUCGCGGGCACGGUGCUGCUGGUGGGCACGCUGGUGUACCUGCUGAACUGGCUCAAUCCGCCCAGGCUGCCCAUGGGCUCCGUAUCCUCCACCACGCUCUACAACUCCAUGUGGUUCGUCUACGGCUCCUUCGUGCAGCAGGGUGGAGAGGUGCCUUACACCACUCUGGCCACACGGAUGAUGAUGGGCGUUUGGUGGCUCUUUGCGCUGAUCGUUAUCUCUUCCUACACGGCUAACCUGGCAGCCUUCCUCACCAUCUCCCGCAUCGAGAACUCCAUCCAGUCUCUGCAGGACUUGUCCAAGCAGACAGAGCUUCCUUACGGCACUGUGCUGGACUCAGCUGUGUACGACCAGUUGCGCAGUAAAGGCAUGAACCCCUUCGAGCGAGACCCCAUGUACGCCCAGAUGUGGAGGAUGAUCAACCGGACCGGAGGGGCCGAGAACAAUGUGGAGGACUCGAAAGAAGGCAUUCGAAAGGUGAAGUACGGCCGCUUUGCAUUUGUGUGGGAUGCAGCUGUGCUUGAGUAUGUGGCCAUUAAUGACGAGGACUGCUCCUUCUACACGGUGAGCAACAGCGCUCCAGACAGAGGCUACGGCAUCGCCAUGCAGCACGGCAGCCCCUACAGGGACAUCUUCUCUCAGAGGAUCUUGGAGCUGCAGCAGAACGGGGAUAUGGACAUCCUGAAGCUGAAGUGGUGGCCCAGAGACAGCCCGUGUGACCUGUACUCAGCCGUGGGCACCAAGAAAAGCGGAAGUGCCUUGGACAUCCACAGCUUCGCCGGCGUGUUCUUCGUGCUGGCGGCCGGCGUGGUGCUGUCCUGCCUCAUCGCCACUGUGGAGACCUGGUGGACGAGGCGGAAGGGCUCCAGAGUGCCCUCCAAGGAGGACGACAAGGAGAUCGACCUGGAGCACCUCCACCGGCGGGUCAACAGCCUGUGCACGGACGACGAGAGCCCCCACAAGCAGUUCUCAGCCUCCUCCAUCGACCUGACGCCCCUGGACAUGGACUCAUUGCCGGCUGCCCGGCAGGCGCUGGAACAGAUCAGCGACUUCCGCAACACCCACAUCACCACCACCACUUUCAUCCCCGAGCAGAUCCAGACGCUGAGCCGCAGCCUGUCGGCCAAGGCAGCCGCCGGUUUCGCAUUCGGACCCGUGCCUGAUCAGCGGGGCGCGGGGCCCUUCCGCCAGCGGGCGCCCAACGGCGGCUUCUUCCGCAGCCCCAUCAAGACCAUGUCCAGCAUCCCCUACCAGCCCACGCCAGCACCCAGCUUCAGCUACGGCAAUGACCCAGACAGGGGCACCUCCAUAUGAGAGACCAUCGGGGGGGGGGGCCCAGAAGAACGGAGACAAAAAAUGAAAAAAGAAAAAAAGAAACAUAUAAAAGAGAAUAUGGAAAUGUAAAUAAGAGUCUUCUUUUUUUUUUUUGGUCGUCCCUUCCUUUCUUCCACUUCCGUUUUCUUUUGUUUGUUUGUUGGGGGGGUGGGUCGCUAUUUUCCAGCUGGUGGUGGAAGAGGUGGGAGCGCUGGCCCUGCCUGAACUCGUCUCCUUGCUCCUUGUUGAGUAUGAGGAUGGUGUCUGAUUUUUCGUCAUUUUUGUCGUUGUGGUCGGUUGGAGAUGACCUCUCCAACUCUCAUGUGAACUAAGACAAUAAGACAACUUUACCUUUUACUUUUUGUUGUUUUGGUUGUUCGUUUUUUUUUUUUUCCCACAGCUGAGGUUUGAGAUCGAGGGGAAAUGUGUGUGAAAUGCAGACUACAGAGACUAUGAACCUCACAACAAUGGGAUGUUUACAUUUUUUAGUUUAUUUCAUUUCGUUUCUGGACAAAAAUUCGAAAGAUAAAAGAGACGCUGCACUUUGCAGAGUGACCUACAGACCCGCAAUAACUCGAGGCUUGCUCAGGAAGUCUCGCCCCAGCCCACUCUCUCUCGGUUCAGCCUGGACUGGGAGCUUGGUUAACGGUACCCUCUAACAGUGAGCUGUGAUCGUUGGCACUGCAUCCACCGGGCCCCUUUACACUCACACAUGGGACACUCUGUAGAAGAGAAAGACUGAAUGAAAAUGAAACCAACAAAAAAAAACUAAAUAAAAAACACUUACAAAAAAAAAACAAGUCCAAGUGUAGAAGCAGGGGAUGCAGCUAAGGCUUCUAAAUGUGUUUUAUUGACUUUGUUUUAAGUAUACUGAAUCUUAAAUUGCGUGGAAUGUGUCUGGUCAGAGAGUUUAAACAAGAAAAAAAGAUCAGUGCUGUCUGUUGUUUUCUUUCUUUCUUUUUUUAUUUACUUCUAUGAGUUUUGAAAAUUGCUUCAGUGCCAUCUUCUUACACUGGUUUGCGUCAUUAAGUCAUGGAAAAAAGCUUUCUUUUGGUUUUUCCUCUUCUGCAGCAGCUGUGUGCCAGGGUUUAACCGACCAACGUUUUAAUGUUUUGUACAACAGCCUCGUCCUGUAGGCUGGAUAGGCGCCGCAGCUUCCGGUGGUCAAGAAGAAGGAGAGAAAGAGCUUUCAAACUUUUCAAAAGGGAUUCUCGACACAAGCCUUAGACCGAGGGCUCUUUUUAAAAAUCCUUCGCCACGCGUCCUCAAACAAAACCAACAGCAGGCCACCCUGAGAGACAGACGCGACUGCGCCCACCUACGGGGGGAAUUCUUCGAAAUAACUUUCUAUUUUGUUUCGUAAAUGUUAAGGGGUAAUAUUUAUCUAACUUUUUUUUAAGUGCUAAUUGUUAAAAACAUGGCCAUCAAAGUGUGAAGCCAGGUUGAAAAAAAGACACAUUUUGAAGAGUUUAAAAAGUAAAAAAAAGCAAAAAAAAAAAAAAAAAACACACAUCCAAACAGUUUUCACUAACACUGUAUUAAUAUUACUAAUGUUAGUUGUUUAGAAUGAGCUUUCAGUUUUGUUAUCCUCAGACUAAUUCGCCAAACGUCGUGUGUAGACAACAACAGUGUUUUUUGACGACAGCAUUCUAGAUGUACUUUUCUUAAGCUAUGGCUACUGAAUGACAAUAGGAACAGUUUCUUUUUCUUUAGUAUCGAUUUCAAGAUUUUUAUUUAGUAUAAAAUGAAGAGAAGUUAAAAUGUAUAUUUUACAUGGAGAUAAUUUUUUGGGUUGGAUUAAAGAGAAGAUUAUAGAGUUUUAACAUAUUAAAAAAAAAAGCCACAUUGUGUUAGACCACCAUUGCACUAAUUGAGUUCUACACGGUCCCUCUCUGAUGGUGAGGCGUUGGGAUUUUCUGGCUUUCAUUUCAUGUUGAGUUCUGGAUCUAUGAAGGCAAGUUUUUUCUUUUUUUUUUCUUCCAUAUGAAAAGAAAGCAUGUACAACUUGCUAAGCCUGUAACAUUUUUAAUUUCUUACAUAGUAUGUACAGGAUUUACUUGAUCAUUUUCGACUGAUUAUAAUGUACAGUAUUUAAUAUAGGCCUAUUUUGUUGUAUGUGUUGCAUAUUAUUCAAAUGGAACAAACUGAGGCCUCUGUUACAAGUGGCAAAGCUUUCUGUGUAUAAUUUGUCUAAUAAACAUGUUUUCUACA